CUCGCCUACAAAGACCGCGUCACAAUCGGUACUGCGACCGUAGACGAUCAGAUUAUCGGCAGUGAGGCCUAUAUGUCGGGUUUCACUCUCAUAGAGCCCUUCGACGGAAUACUAACUGGAUCGAACCAAGGAGAAGUGUCUAGCUACAACACGACACCAAAAUUCAUGGACAACCUGUAUGCGGCGGGAAGCAUAUCAGAGCCCGUCUCUGGUGUGUACAUCGCGCCGUUCGUUGAUGGUGAGGAGAAUACUACAGAGAUAAGUUUUGGCGGGGUCGAUCCGAGCAAGUUCACCGGUGCGUCACUGCCACGAUCAACAACGCCCACCAAUGAACAUUGGAACUUCAUGGCUUCCAGUCUGUCAUGGGGCAACAUCACAGUCAUUCCCCCGAUCUAUGCCCGUAUGGACUGUGGUGUCCUAUAUAUCCUCAUCCCCACCGAGACUACACUCUCCAUCACAGACAGCGUAGCCAACGCGAGCCUCGAUUCGACUGACUCCCAAUUGGUUGCUGGCAUCAUCUUCCCGAGCAAUAUGACCGUCGACAAACUGCCCUCACUCGACAUUGGUUUGGGAAACCUGAGUGUGUCGAUCGUAGCCUCAUAUUAUGUUGUGCCGGAGAGUGCAUAUGCGCCGAUGAACAUUACUGAUGACGGACAGAUCCACACAUGGUUGUGUCCUGGCGGGCCUUCAUUGAUUGGUCUCGGACAGAAGGCGUUGGAGCACAUUUGUUCAGCUUAUGACAGUGCGUCCUACAACCUCGAAUCAAUGAUUCAUUGUGACUGA